AUGAGUAGAGUAAUGAUGGUGUCACAACGAAACACACUCAUUGCAAUAUUGGCAAUAGCCAUUCUUCUCACCAUUCUACUUAUCACUUGGGUACCAACAUUGAUGACAAGUACAUUUGAUUGUAAUGAUUAUUGUAGUGCUGCUCAAAUCAACCAAGACAGUAGUAAUAGUGGAAACUAUAAUGGAUCUAUUGUGGGUCUAACAACUUCACAACUCAAGAUGGUAUCCUAUGUAAAUCAGAGUGAUCGUCAUUAUGACCGUGUAUUGGAUUUCAAUAGUCUUGUAAAGAAGCAUGCCUAUGUAUUCUAUAUUACACAACCUGAAUACUUUUGUGUUGCAACUAUUACAACACAUAGACUAAGACAAUGGACCGAUGUAGAUAUUGUAUUUGUCUUUGUCGAGUCGUUUGUACCAGACCCUUUUAUUGUGGCUCGGUUAGACGCACUCCCAAACAUCAAAUACAAAACAUUUAGUAACAUCAAGUCUAGUCAUGACAGCAAGUCAAUGUGGGUGGAAUCAUUCAACAAGUUUCAUGUGUUUAGACUGACCGAAUACGACCGUUUAAUAUACCUCGAUGCCGAUACAUACAUUCUUCGUAGUCUUGACCACCUAUUUGCCUUACCAGACGCUUCACUUGCUGCCCCACGUGCAUACUGGUUCAAGGUUGACAAGCAGCCAUUCCUCACCGACACUCUGAUGGUGCUCAAACCUUCGAUGGAGAUGUUUUAUGCAUUAGUCGAAGCAAGUACCAUCACUACAGGUUGGGAUAUGGAUGUUGUCAAUGCAUUUUUUAUCCACCGUAACGAUUUUCUUCUUUUACCUGGUAUCUAUGGUUUGUUAAACUUUGAAUUUGGUAUUGGCCAGAACCAUUAUUUUGGAGCAGACUAUCACAACACCUACAGAGAACAGGCCUACAUCUACCACUAUUCUUCAUUCAAACCAUGGAAGACUCAUAAUGGAACCGAUGCUGUUAGUGGCAAAGGUGCAUUAAUGGAGCUGACUUGGUAUAAUUGGAAACGAGGUCACGAUAAAUAUUGUCUCAAUGCGACUGAAACAAACAACAAAUCAUAA